GGGAGGAGCUUGCUGUUGACAGGCUCUGUGUCUCCUUCACUUCGCCCUCCAGCUGCACGCACCGGACAGGCCGCUUCGCUCCCAACUCAGAUACAAUGGCUGUCCCUCCCUCUUAUGCUGAUCUUGGCAAAUCUGCCAGAGACAUCUUCAAUAAAGGAUAUAGUUUUGGGCUGGUGAAACUCGAUGUCAAGACAAAGUCUGCAAGUGGAGUGGAGUUCACAACAUCUGGUUCAUCGAAUACAGACUCCGGCAAGGUUAACGGCAGCUUAGAGACCAAAUACAAAUGGGGGGAGUACGGCCUGACCUUCACAGAAAAAUGGAACACCGAUAACACAUUAGGAACAGAAAUUACCAUUGAAGAUCAAAUUGCUAAAGGCUUGAAGCUUACGUUCGACACUACAUUUUCACCAAACACGGGCAAGAAGAGUGGAAAGGUUAAAGCGGCCUACAAGCGUGAAUUCGUAAACCUUGGCUGUGAUGUGGAUUUUGACUUUGCUGGCCCUGCUAUCCACGGUUCUGCCGUUGUUGGUUAUGAAGGAUGGCUUGCUGGGUACCAGAUGACCUUUGACAGUGCCAAAUCCAAGCUCACAAAGAACAACUUUGCUGUUGGAUACAAGACAGGAGACUUCCAGCUCCACACCAAUGUCAAUGAUGGGUCGGAGUUCGCCGGCUCCAUUUACCAGAAGGUCAGUGACAAAAUGGAGACGUCCGUUAACCUCGCCUGGACAGCUGGCAACAACAGCACCCGAUUUGGAAUUGCUGCCAAGUACCAACUGGAUUCCACUGCAUCCAUCUCAGCAAAGGUGAACAAUUCCAGCCUUGUUGGUGUAGGUUACACUCAAACUUUGAGGCCAGGUGUAAAACUUACUCUCUCUGCUUUAGUAGACGGAAAGAACAUAAACUCUGGAGGACACAAGGUUGGCGUUGGUUUGGAUUUAGAGGCUUAAGGACACCUCUCGUCAAUAAACCACGCCAAGGGAUAUCCAGGAAAUUGGCCUUAUCUAUAUAUAUUUUGUUUUCAAAACCAUUACCAGCAAAGCUUCUAUUUGCCUCCCUCUGUCUCCCCCACACCCCACUAAAAUAUCAUAGGACAGAAGCUGUAUUGAGGUAGAAGUUCUACGUUAUCUGGUUGAACCUAGUUUGUCACCCGGUUAUCCCUCCUCAUUGAGAACCUACAGUGAAGCACUCCUUUACACAUUUAUUUAAAAGUGUAUUUAACUAAUUUGUAGUGCUUCUUGCAACAAAUGGAAUAGACCUCAAUUGAGGGAAGAACAAAAUGUACAUGUGUAUGCAUGUUUGUUUUUAUGUUCCUUUUAACAUUUUGGUAAUGCCAAGUCGGACACAAGCAACGGAGCUGUAGAUCUUGUAACUCGGAGGGGCAGCAGUUUUGCGUAAAUCACCACCUUUAUUUUGUGAGGAUUUUUGAUAUCCCAAAAAAGUAAGAAUUAUGAAUAAAACCAGAAUUACAUGUGCAA